AUGAUAGUGGCGACAGAAACGUGGUUAGACAGCUCCGUUGUUGACGGUGAACUAUUCUCCAACAGCUACAACAUAUACAGAAGAGACCGUCAAUCUACCUCGCUAUCACAUAAAUCAGGUGGAGGAGUCCUGUUUGCCGUUUCCGAUAGAUUUGAGUCACGCCGAAUAGAACACUACGAGAGUAUGCACGAAGACCUCUGGAUUAAUAUAAAGUUUGAAAAUGGCGGUGUGUCAAAAAACCUGUUGGUUUGCGUGCUCUACCUGCCACCACCCGUAGAUGUUAAUACCCUAAACGCAGUCUUGGACAACAUAAGCUCAGUUAUGCGGUCUUACCAGGGCGAUCUUUUGAUUCUGGGUGACUUUAACCUGGGUUUCAUUAAUUGGACUAGUGACGUUAAUAAUCCUGCGUAUACGUCACCCACGAACUAUAGUAGUAACCUGGGCUUCUUACUAGUCGACUUUCUCUCGCUGAAUAAUCUAGUUAAUUACAACAGCAUAAAAAAUCACAAUGGACGCGUCUUGGACUUGGUACUUGCAAACUUUGAAAAUAUUAAAGUAUCUAAUUCUCUCGACCUGCUUAGUAAGUUGGAUCCGCACCAUCCAGUAUUAGACAUCGUAAUCACGAAGAAUCAGAAUAAGGUCUUAACUAGUAAACCAUUCGCUACGCAUUGCUUUAAAAAAGCGAAUUAUAGCGCUGUAAAUUCGGCACUGAGAAAUGUUGAUUGGGACUAUGAACUCAAAAACUGCCCUAAUGUUAAUAUCAUGGUCCAGAAAUUCUAUUGUAUUUUUAAUAGGACUAUCGACUCCACUAUCCCUAAAUUUAAAUAUAAAAACUGGAGGCACCCCGUUUGGUUCACGUCAAAUUUACAAAAGCUAAUCUCUGAAAAAGAAAAAAUUAGACGAAGAGUCAGGAUUUACAGUAAUCCCAGAGAUAAACUUGAACUUUCCCUUGCUAAAAACAGGGUCGAAUCAUUAAUGAAAAACUGCUACUCUGACUAUAUUAAGGUAACUGAACAGGCUAUUUCACGCGAACCCAGAAAGUUUUGGUCCUACAUAAAACAGCGUAAGGAUAUAUCUACACAAAUCCCAUCCGAAAUGUCCCUUGACAAUAAAACAACUAGUUCGGGUAGCGAAAUAAGCAAUCUUUUUGCAGAACAUUUCUCUUCCCUAUUCUCUGAUGCUCAAACCAGCAAUCAGAUAAACAAUGUUAACUUUACAGAAUUUUUCACUCAGAAAUCUCUCUCUAGGAUCGAGAAUAUAACGGAACGAGAUAUUGAUAAAGUGCUCAAGUCACUGGAUCCAAGCAAAGGUGCAGGACCGGAUGGUAUACCCCCAAUUUUCAUCAAAAAAUGUCAUAAAUAUCUAACCCUACCUCUUAAAAUAAUCUUAGAUAAAUCUUUAGAAUCUUCAACUUUUCCUGAUGCAUGGAAGGCUGCAAAUAUCUUGCCUAUCUUUAAGAAAGGAGCAAAGCACAACGCAGCAAGUCGACUCUAUCUAACCGAUUUUAGUAGUGCCUUCGAUAAAGUAGACCACUCCAUUUUAAUCUUAAAGCUAAGGGCAUACGGGAUCCACGAUCCAUUGCUCUCGUGGUUUAGAUCAUAUCUUGUAAAUAGAACUCUUAGCGUAACUGUAAAAGGCUACACUUCCGAUCCCUUCAUCGCUACUUCAGGAGUACCUCAAGGCUCACACUUGGGGCCAAUCUUAUUCUUGCUCUUCAUUAAUGACAUUACCCAAAGCAUAAAGUAUAGUGAGUGCUCCAUUUUCGCUGACAACCUGAAAAUCUACUGGGUUAUAAAGAACGCUGAAGAUAGUUGCUUACUCCAGAAGGACCUAAACUCUAUCCAAGACUGGUGCACCAAAAACAAAAUGAUAUUAAAUGCCUCAAAAUGUGCACAUAUAAAAUUCACCCGCAAGAAGAACAUAGUACACUCAAAGUACUUCAUACAAAAACAGCAGCUCGAAGAGGUCUCUGUCAUUAGAGAUUUCGGCAUUAUCCUCGAUAGUCGGCUCACAUUUAAAGAUCACAUUGAUUAUAUUGCCAGCAAGGCCUGGAAAUUGCUGGGUUUUAUCAGGCGUAACACCGCCGAUUUUAAAAGAACCGACUGCAUCACCAGGAACCCGCACUACAGAGCGCAUGUCAACAGGCUAGAGCGGGUGCAGCGCUCUUUUACGAGGUAUCUGGCCUUCAAAGACAAUACAAGUCCCUACAGAGCCAACUACGCUGCUCGCCUAAAACAUUUUAAAUUACAUCCCCUGGAAAAGCGAAGACAAGUAACUGAUCUCAUUACCCUGUUUAAAAUUGUUCGAAAUAACUUGGAUUCCCCCGACUUGCUCUACCAGAUAUGCAUCAGUGUUCCACGCCGAAAUUUCGAUAUUAAAAAUGCAUUUUGCUCCAGUCGCCCAGUUACGGAUAAACGAAACGAUAUUUUUGAAACAGUGAAGCUAGAUCGACAUUUGAGUAGUUACGAUAUAGACGAAGAUUUGAGAAUUGAUCAUAAAGCAGUUUUGACCCAUUUGAAAAAGGCUAGCCUAAUGGACCAUGUACUCAUUUGCGAUUCUCUCCUAAGACGUAAUGAUAUCAAACCAUUUUUGAAGGGAUUGAUCACUGGUGACCUAAAGUGGAUUGCCUUCGAUAAGAAUGUACGAAAGUAUUCAAAGGUCGGUCAAGCUGCACAGACCGUCGCGUCGCGAAACCCUGAUCGACAGCUAAUGAAAAUUCAGCAAAGAAUUGAGAAUAAGCGACGAAUUGAUCAACAGGAAAGGGGUGAUCUUGCAUCAAGACAACACCCGACCACUUGGACCUUGACCUCGGCAUUAUGUUCAAAACUAGAAGCUUUUGAAAUGUGGAUAUACAGACGUAUGCUCCGAAUAUCCUGGACCAUGAAAAUAACAAAUGUUGAGGUUCUGCGCCGAAUGAAUAAAAGGUUGGAGAUAAUGAGGAUUGUGAAGGAAAGGAAGCUGCAGUAUUUUGGUCACAUAAUGAGAGGACACAGAUAUCGGAUUCUUCAGCUUGUGAUUGAAGGAAAAAUCGAGGGAAAACGCCGACCAGGCAGAAGGAAAAUAUCCUGGCUGAAGAACCUCCGUGAAUGGUUUAAUCUAAGUACUCGCUCUCUCUUCCGUGCUGCAGCUUCGAAGAUUAAGAUAGCCAUGAUGGUCGCCAACCUUCGUAGAGAAGAGGCACCGUAA